AUCCUAUUAGCACAGUUGUCUAAUUGGACAAAAUUGGAUAAACUCAAAGGUUCGUUCGCGCUAGAAUUUAUGGAGUCGAUAAACUUAAAAAAGGAUCACACAGAGCACAGUAGCACACACCUGACGACGUAAAUACAUUGCUCCUAAUCCUGGUCAGCAAAUCACCAGACGAGUGGGGUGUCGACUCAUUACCCAAACUUUAGACAAGCAUUGAUGCCGGAAAAAACCAAAAUGAAUGAACCUGAUUCCCCAAUUUGCCCCUAACCGAUUAGUGGGCCUGUGGCCUGUGCUGGCUGACGAUACGAACGAGAGUGCGAGAGAGAGAGUGUAAUGUCUAAUGACUAAUGAGAGAUGACGGAGCCCAACAAAAAAAUAAAAAUAAAAAUAAAAAAGAGAAAUAUAGGAAGAAAAUAAUGGAGCACGGUUAGCCUUCCCAAUUUGUUGCCCCCAUUUCCAUUUCCCGAGAUUCGCCGCCCUCCUCUCCCCACUAUUUAGUCACCUUUCUCUUCUUCCUUCUGCUCUGCCUCAGACCCUCACCCAAAAUUCCCCCGUCCCGUCUCCGCUCCCCUCUCUUUCCUCCGCAGCCUCAGCCGGCAGAGAUGGUGGCCGACAGCAAGGCUAAGUCCGAUAUCUCCUUCGCCGGCACUUUCGCCAGCAGUGCCUUUGCGGCUUGCUUUGCCGAGAUUUGUACAAUCCCCUUGGACACAGCUAAAGUCAGGCUUCAGCUCCAGAAGUCAGCUAUUAGUGGAGAUGUAUUGACUGCGCCCAAAUACAAUGGCAUGUUGGGCACUGUUGCUACCAUUGCUAAGGAAGAAGGCGCGGCAUCGCUUUGGAGAGGCAUUAUACCUGGACUCCACCGCCAGUGUCUGUUUGGUGGCUUAAGGAUUGGCUUAUAUGAGCCUGUAAGGGACUUCUAUGUCGGACCGAACUUUGUCGGAGACGUUCCUUUGUCAAAGAAAAUUCUGGCUGCACUUACAACUGGUGCUGUGGGAAUUGCAAUUGCCAAUCCGACUGAUCUUGUGAAGGUUCGGCUCCAGUCCGAGGGAAAAUUACCACCCGGUGUGCCAAGACGCUAUUCAGGAGCACUAAGUGCUUAUUCUACCAUAGCCAGACAGGAAGGAUUUGCUGCCCUUUGGACUGGUGUUGGGCCAAACAUUGCACGAAAUGCUAUUAUAAACGCUGCUGAACUAGCCAGUUAUGAUCAAGUGAAGGAGACAAUAUUGAAAAUUCCUGGAUUUAAAGACAACGCUGUCACUCAUCUGUUUGCUGGUCUGGGAGCAGGUUUCUUCGCUGUCUGUAUUGGUUCUCCAGUUGACGUGGUUAAGUCUAGAAUGAUGGGGGAUCCAACUUACAAAAGCACAAUUGAUUGUUUCGUCAAGACAUUGAAGAAUGAUGGGCCUCUUGCUUUCUACAAAGGCUUCAUCCCAAAUUUCGGCCGUCUAGGAUCUUGGAAUGUGAUCAUGUUCCUGACUUUAGAACAGGCUAAGAAGUUUGUGAGGAGUCUGGAAUCACCAUCAGCUUGAGCUGGGGUGAGCACCGCGGCUUCUGGACGGGUGGGGAUGGAAGAUUUUGCAGCGAGGCGGAGGAGGAAUAAGUAGUCAUUUCGUUGGUCUUUGAAGAUUAUACCUUUUAGCUAGUCGAGUGGGGAGGUUUAGUUAACCCGAGAAAGCUUUAGAAAUAAAUGAAUCUGAUCCUUCUGCCAUUGGAAGUGUUUUUAUGGGAUUGUACUUGGUUGCUUUUUGCCCCAAAUUGGGGAUUUAGUGUUUAAACGGAUUCCUCCUAAAUAAAACCCGCAAAUGUUAGAUCUUUGGCAAACUAGUGAAAGGAAAUAUGAAUGUCGUUAUAACCCUAAUUUCUUCGAGCCUGCCUCUCACUAUUUUCUAGCCUUAAAUUUCCCUUAAAUUUUCAUCUUUCAUUUUUUUCUUCAUAAAUAAUAUUUUCGCAAACUUUUUUAUUGAUUGGUUUUUUAUCAAUAAUAAUUAUUUACCAACAAAUUAACACCGGAAAGAAAAACUAAUUUUGGAAUAUGAGUCGCACACUCGCACUCCCUAAAAUAUUGUUCGUAUGUUCAGAACAUGGAUUAAAUGCUUCAAUGUGUCUGCUUUAGUUGCAAUUUGAUAAUGUAAGAUUCUUUUGGUUGUAAUUAAAUCAUAUAAGUCUAUUUUUUGAUGCAUUGUUAUAUAUUCUGUCUGGACACUUAACAGUAGGUACUACUUCAUAAUUUUUUUAAUUUUUUUGUAUUAAGCUGAUCAUAGAACUCAGUACAAUAGUUGAAUCAGCCCACUCUACUAUCCAACCAAGGACGGUGGACCCAAAAUUCGAAAUUCAAACUCUCUGCAGCUUUUCUUCUCAUGUCGUCACUUGGCCGAUAAUGUCUAAAAAGUAAAAAUCCAUAAAUACCCAACACAAGCAAUUAAGAAAAGCAUAUAGCGACCAUUAUAAAUGCGGUGUCGGGACGAGAGCAACGAUCUGGCGGCGGAAGACACCAUAUUGGAAGGGUGAGGACUGAGGAGAAGUCAUGACAACGUUAUUCUAGUCUUGGUGGUGGUGGUUGUGGUGAAACCAUUUGCUAAGUUUCAAGUAACACUAGCGCCCGUCCCCUUGGCAAAUGAUAUCCGCCACUAGCAGGUCCCCUCCCCCAAUUGGAAUGAAUUAGACUAGCUGUCUAACCAUUGCCAAUCUGCCUUCAUAUUCCCAUUACCAACAACUGCCGACCAUAAAGAAUACUCUGACAUCCCCAAGACGGUCGAGAACAAGCAGUAGCAGUGAGAAAAGUCCUAGUUUGAAAUUAUUUUCCUUUGUAAACCUGUGCUAAGAAGGAAUGGGGCUCGUUGAGGAUACACCAUCCAAUUUUGGUUAAAAGCGCUUGAUUAAAAUGUUUGAAACGGUGGAACCCCAUACCCCCAUCGUGCUUACUCAGACACAUGACAUGCAGUGGUAGAGCUAAAGCGACUGAUUUGAUCAAAGUCUGCUUUGCUGUCCAAGACAAUGUCAGUUGUUUCCACCCCUAAAGUUGAUCCAACAAUUUCUCCUCCAAAUACCGGAAUAUAGCCAUUUUAGAUUGGGCUAUCAAUGUAGGAAACCCCAUAUAUUUAUCUUGGACUCCCACAUCCCCUACACCCAGAAUCUAGGCCAAGAAAUCUUUGUCUAACCGCGAUAUAUUUUUACUAAAACAAACUACUGAUUUUGCCAAGUUAACCUUUGGCCACUCACGUCCUCGUCUUCAUUUAAGACCUCGAUCAAAUUCUCACAUUCUUGUAGAGAUCCUCUGAGGAAUAAAUAAGAAUCAUCUGCAAAAAAAAAAAAAAAGAUGCGAGAUCCGGGGAGAUCUAGGGGCAACUUUAACCCCUUCAAGUUUCUCAUCAUAAAUGGCUUUCCGAAGUAGCACUGCAAAUCCCUCGUGCAAAUCCCAAAUAGGAGCAGAGAUAGGGAUCCCCCUAUCGGAGUCCCCUUGAGGGAAUGAAGAAUCCUGAAGGAG